AUGGAUGCGAGUUUGUUUUCUUCGGAUGGUGAUCAUCACAGUAGGGAUACAGAUGAAGAUGUUGAUCAAUCGAUUGAUGUGAUUAGCUCUGAAUUCCAACGACAAUUUGAGCUUGAAAGCAAUGAGGAGUCUUCUUCACAGUUAUUGCCAGAUUCAGAAGUUCAUGAAGAUUGUGAGAAUGAAGGGGAAGAACAACAGGAAGAACAAGAAGAAGAUGCUGAUAGUGAUGGUGAUUUUACGUUUAUGUUUAUAGGCGACGAUAAUUUGCCGAUUUAUGCGGAUGGAGUGUUGGAAGACGGUCAGAUCCGGCCGGUGUUUCCUUUGUUUGAUCAGAAGUUGUUGUUAGGCGGUGAUUAUGAUCUUGAAGAAAUAGAUCGGUUGCCAAUUAACCCGCCGGUGGAUAACGUAUUCAUCGAAUCGCCUCGUAGAUCUCCGUCGUCUACGGCGUCAGGACAUGAAGAAAACGACGAUUCAGCGACUGGACCUUACUGUGUGUGGUCAAAAGAUUCAGCAACCGGCACCACCGCGGAGCUUAGUAAAAAGAGCAACUCCACCGGUUUCUCGAAGCUCUGGAGGUUAAGAGAGAAAGUCGGUCGGAGCAACAGCGACGGCCGAGAUGCUUUCGUGUUCCUAAAAAGUUCCGAUAGAACGACGACGUCGACGUCAACCACAGCAACCUCCUCCUCGUCUUCUGUAAAGGCGGUCACCGGUGAUGGGUCAUUUGUAAAGGUCAACGCUGCCGGAGGGAAGACUAGAGUUGUUAAGCAAGUAACAAAAGCCAAAAAACCAACGGUAUCGGCGCACGAGGCUUACUUGAGGAGUAAAGGAGGACACACGGAUGAAGAACGCCGGCGGUCUUACCUGCCUUACAGGCCGGAACUUAUGGGGUUCUUCACAAAUGUUCACGGUGGAUUAAGCAAGAACGUCCACCCAUAUUAA